UAUUUGCGAAAGACGGUCACACUGUACUGUAAACUCGCGUCGGCUUUGGCUGUGUUAUUUUGUGAAAUAAACAGGAAAAUAAAAAAUUGCAAUUGCAUUUAUAUUUUUGUUGCAAUUAAUUAACUACCUGCCCUGUCAAGAUGGUAAAACUAACGCCUGAGUUGAUAAACCAGUCCAUGCAAUACAUAAAUCCAUGCCGUGAACGUGAGCUCGAUUUGCGCGGCUACAAAAUUCCACAGAUUGAGAAUUUGGGUGCCACAUUGGAUCAGUUCGAUACAAUCGAUCUCUCGGACAACGAUCUGCGUAAACUAGAUAAUCUACCACAUCUGCCACGACUGAAAUGUCUGUUACUCAACAACAACCGUAUCUUACGCAUCAGCGAGGGCCUGGAGGAUGUUGUUCCAAAUCUAAGCUCUGUCAUCUUGACAGGCAACAAUCUGCAGGAGCUGAGUGACUUGGAACCGCUAACAGGAUUCAAGAAGCUGGAGACAAUAUGUCUGCUCAUCAAUCCGGUAUCCACAAAACCAAAUUACCGCGAGUACAUGGCCUAUAAGUUUCCACAGUUGCGUCUGCUGGACUUUAGGAAGAUCAAACAGAAAGACAGGCAACAGGCACAGGAGUUCUUCCGCACCAAGCAGGGCAAGGAUAUGCUCAAAGAGGUGUCCAAAAAGUCAAAAUUAAGCGCUGCCGCUGCACUGGCCGCCGAAGCAACCAACGGCAAGGCAGCCGCUGAAGGCGGACGCUUUGCCAAUCCCGAAGAUAUGCAACGCAUACGAGAAGCCAUCAAGAGGGCAAGCUCACUGGCGGAGGUGGAAAGACUGUCACAGAUCCUGCAAAGCGGCCAGCUACCAGAUAAAUUUCAACACGAAUUGGGACAGAACGGGCACAACGGAACUGCAGCUGUGCCAACUGUAGAUAUGGAUUACUAAAUCUAAAUCUAGAUAUAGCUCUGUCGUCAGCUACCUUAUUAGUGUAGAGUAAUAUAUUUUAAUAAAAGUAGAGUCACA